AGAGCCAGAGAGGCUGACCGGCUUCGCCGCCCAGCCUCAUACCCACGGCAAUUCUUGGUCUCUCCCCCUUCACCGACGCCUAAUUGUUGUUCUCAGGACUCAGGACAUCCCGGUCGCCGGUUCCAUGGCGGGCGACCUCGGCAGCUCGUCUGCAACCGCAACGGCGCGGCCCACACGACCGACCAUGCCCGGUCGCUCCAGCAGCAUGACCCACGUUCACGAGCACGCCAGCGCAGCAUCCGGCGCCAAGCCCAGAGACGGGGCCGGACCGCUUGGUCGCCCUCCCACGCGCAGCUACAGCCAGAGCCACCGGCACAGCCAGCAGCAUCCCCGCCGCUCGUACCACCGACGCAGCCACAGCCACAGCGAAGGCGAGCCGGCCAGCAAGCAGCCCGGGUGCAAGCAGCUGACCGGCGAAACGAUGGGCGGACUGGCCACCGCUAGCUGCCUCCUCCCGUGCGCGGUGGUGGACUUCGCCUUCCUCGCCACGGUGCGGGCGCCGGUGGCGCUGUGCCGCCGCGCGGUGCGGGGGAGCCGGCACAGGCGCUCGGCCUCGGUGGGAGAGGCCGAGAUGGCGAAGCUCCGCGAGGAGGCCGACAGCGUGCUCAAGUUCGGCAGGACGGCGUCGGCGUGGCCGGCAAUGACACCGGCGGACGGGGAGGAGGAGCUGGAGAAAAAGGUGUGGGCGAGCUUCAACGACGCCGGAUUCGGGAGGACCUCGCCGCAUCUCGACAACGAUAUCAGUUGAUCGGAAGAGACGCGGCGGCUCUCUGCAGGUCGAGCAUGUAACGGAAGUUGUUUUUUUUUUCUAACGUUACCGCGGUAUGUGUGUACCGAUAAUGGAUCCAACACUCAUUGUAACGUCAGGAUUCAUUUCAACUUUAUAGCAGGUAU